CAGGGAUCCAUCCAAACACGGAUGGCUUUAUAAGGCAGCAACACUUCUGAAUGCCAGGAGCAGAGAUUUGCCCUUGCGCUCGGAUCCUGCUUGCAGUGGUGGGACUGGGCCUUCCCUGUCCUCCUCUUUCGCAACCCGGCUGCCCUCGUGACUCUCCUUUAAGGACCGAAAGAGACAGCAAGUUGACCUGGUUGAGACCUUGGAGGUUUCUGUCCGGAGCCAUGAGUUUUGCCAUCCGUCGCUGCACGCCUAAGGACCUGAAGGAUAUCAUGCGGUUUAUUGAGGAGAUUGCAGUCCUUCACAACGUACCCUUGGGCUCAGUCAGAACCAGCGUGGAAGAGCUGAAGAACGCUGGCUUCGGGGAGCGCCCCAGAUACAAGUGUUUUGUGGCUGAAAUCCCAGCAGAGGAAAAAUGCAAAGACGGUCGCAGUCUUGCUGGGUACACGCUGUUUUCGUACACCUAUAACACCUUGCGAGGGAGGAACGCCUAUGUCGACAAUCUCUACGUCAAGCCAGAAUUCAGAGGGAGAGGAAUUGGCGGUGCGCUUAUGAAGCAAAUGGCCGAGGAUGCUUGGAGCCAGGGCUGCACCCAGUUGCAAAUGCACGUUUCCGCUUCGAAAGAGGAUGAUUUUGGGUUCCUUUUUCGCCGCGGAGGCGAAGACCUCACUUCCAAGGAGGGCUGGGAUCUCUUGCGCAUUCUUAGCCACGACCUGCGAGGGAUGGCGUCUCGGAGCAAAUUCUAGGCUGGUGGAGCUCCUGGGGCGAGAUUUGCGACUCUGGAGGAAAGGGAAGGAUCCCUGGAAAACCCGUUAACAAAGCCAGGACCCCACACAAAUGAUAUACGUGUCAAAAAAAUAUGUGUACAAAUAAAUAAAGGAGAGGUGUCUUCGGA